CUGCAGAGUGUGGCAUUGACGAAAAGAAGAAAUAAAUGAUGCAGCGAUUAAUAACGAUAUUCAUGUUACUUCUUAUUGCCUACUCUCAUGCAGAAGAACCAGGGACAAAUAGAGAAGUGCGAUCAUUAAGUACAGAUUCCAUUCAACUGGGACUCAAGUCUUUGAUAACGAACUCUCUUGGAAACCUGGAACCCAUAAUCACUUUUCUGAAGACACAAAUAAGAGAUAUUAUAAUCGAUCUUGGCAUUCAAGCUUUUAAAUAUAUAGUGAAAAUCUUAUACGAUUGUAAAGUCAGAUUCUUGAAGAAACUUGGAAUGGUCACGAUUGCUGAUAUAUUCCAUUUGAUAUUUGACGGUGUUUUGGAAUUGAUCACUGAAAAUGGAAGUGGAAUUACACAAGAUGAUGGAGUUCUGGAAACUUCAGACUAUGAAACGGAAUACGCCUUACCAAAUCCUUAUUCGUUAGAGAAUUUAAUACUGUCCGGCGACAAUAAAUGAUAUUUUAUUAA